AUGGCGCGCGCGAUCGUCGACGCCCACGUCGCCGCGGGCGCGCUCACGGCUGAAGACGGCGCGUUGUUCGCGAAGAUGAUCGCGCUGGACCAAGAACACGUGCUCGCGCACUGGCCCGAACCGGGCACGGACGACGACGCCAAGCGCGCGUUCGCGGCGCAGCUGCGCGCGGCGGACGAUGGGUACCCGGGGGGGGUGGCGAAGUACAUCGAAAACGCGCGAGCGCUGUUGGCGGCGAGUAAGGAAGGGAAGAAUCCGUUCGAGGGGUGGACGCCGAGCGUCCCGGUCGGGCGAAACGUCGAGUACGGAUCGAGCGGGCAUCGCGAGCUCGAGGGCGUGGGAAUGGGCGAGGUAGGCGAGACGUGCUUCGUGCUCGUCGCCGGGGGGUUGGGCGAGCGAUUGGGUUACUCGGGGAUCAAGGUUGAGCUACCGGUGGAGAGAGCGACGGACACGUGCUACCUGGAGCUGUACGUGAAGAACAUCUUGGCUUUGCAGGCGAGAGCGGCGAAGACGAGCGGUGGAGUCGAAGAUGAUGGGUGCGGAUGCUUCGGUAGCGCCAAGAAAGAGACGAAGGAGUCGACGCCGAUUCCGUUGGCGAUCAUGACGUCGGAGGACACGCACGCAAUGACGCUCGAUUUGCUCGAACGUAACAAUUACUUUGGCGCAGCGAGAGAUCAAAUCACGCUCAUGAAACAAGAGAAAGUGCCGUGCCUGAUCGAUAACGAUGCGCACCUCGCACUAAAGGAGGGCGAUCCUUACAAGCUCGCGCUUAAGCCGCACGGUCAUGGCGACGUGCACGCGUUAUUGCACACGAGCGGUUUGCUGUCCAAGUGGCAAAGCCAAGGAAAGAAGUGGGUGGUCUUUUUCCAGGACACCAACUCUCUCGUUUUCCGCGUCAUCCCGGGCGCACUCGGGGUGUCUAAGACGAUGAAUCUCGAGUUCAACUCGUUGUGCGUACCGAGAAAAGCCAAGGAGGCGGUCGGCGCCAUCUCUUUGCUGACACACAAGGAUGGGCGCAAGAUGACGAUCAACGUGGAAUAUAACCAACUUGAUCCGCUCCUGCGGGCGACGACGAACCCGGAGGGCGACGUGAAUGAUGCCAGUGGAUUUUCUCCUUUUCCGGGUAACAUCAACCAGCUUAUCGUGAGCCUUCCCGAAUACGCUGCGCAACUGCGUAAGACGGGUGGCUCGAUCGAAGAGUUUGUCAACCCGAAGUACAAGGACGAAACGAAGACGGCUUUCAAGUCCCCGACUCGCCUCGAAUGCAUGAUGCAAGAUUACCCCAAGAGCUUGGGCACGAAAUCCAAAGUCGGUUUCACCGUCUUCGCGAACUGGAUUGGUUACAGUCCGGUGAAGAACUCUCCUGCGGAUGGGUUGGCAAAGUUCAAGUCAAAUGGCCCGACGCACACAGCUACGAGCGGUGAGUUUGAGUUUUAUGAAUCGUGCGCGAAUCUCCUUCGUUUGACGGGUGCGGACGUCCCUGAAACCAGUAUUGACACUGAAUUCAACGGUAUGAAAUUACCGAUGGGCCCACGCGUCGUGCUCGGACCAGAAUUUGGUACGACAUUUGACGAGAUCAAGUCGAAAGUUGGCAAGGUGAUACUGGGCUCAAAGAGUACUCUGAUCGUCGAAGGCUCUGGGGUCCACCUGAACGACGUCAACGUGGACGGUACACUCGUCAUCAAGGCGUGCGAAGGAGCCGUGAUCAACGUGAACGGGCUGAAAGUGAACAACAAGGGCUGGGAGUGGAAGCCCACCGGGAAGGGUUUCGGCUCAAUGCGCAUUCGCGAAGUCGACGCACUUCGAGGAUUUAUCGUGAAGAAGCACGAACAGAAAGAAUACGUGUUCGAUAAGCCGGGCACGUACAACAUCCCUUGA